UCUUCUUCUUGUGAUUAUUAUUCUCUGCUAUGCUAUCCUAUCCUAUCCUAUCCUAUGCUAUAUAUAACUCUAUUCUCUCUGUCUCAAAUUGGGAUGGACGCCCAAGUGAAAAUUAAACCAUUCAAUUCUUAUUCUUCUUCACACUCACACAUAUAAUAACUACUAUACAUACACAUAUAUAUAUCACUAUCUACUACUAUAUAAUCAUCUAAUUACUAGCUUCUUUUCUUCUUCAAAAACCUCCCAACAUGUCGGACUCUAAUACCACCACCUCUGCUUCACCACAAUCUCUUCUCCAACUCUCUUGCUUGUACCCAAUUACUCUAAAGUUUGAGGAGGUUGUGUACAAAGUUAAGAUAGAGAACACAGAUGGUGGAUCAUGGUGCUUGGGUGGUAGUAAUAAUAAUAAUACUGACACUAACAAACACAGAGAGAAGACCAUACUCAAUGGGAUUUCAGGUAUGGUUUACCCAGGUGAGAUACUUGCCCUGUUAGGCCCCUCCGGCAGCGGCAAAACCACCCUUCUCACCGCUCUCGGCGGCCGUCUCUCCGGCAAGACUCUGUCCGGGAAGAUCAGUUACAACUCUCACCCUUUCUCCGGCUCCAUUAAACGCCGAACCGGCUUUGUCGCCCAGGACGAUGUGUUGUACCCUCAUCUCACCGUGGCCGAGACUCUCCUCUUCACUGCCCUGCUCAGGCUUCCCCUCACCUUGUCCCGGGAAGACAAAGCCCAGCACGUGGACCGUGUGAUUGCGGAGCUGGGUCUGGGUCGGUGCCGGAACAGCAUGAUCGGAGGCCCACUCUUCCGGGGGAUAUCGGGUGGCGAGAAGAAAAGGGUCAGCAUAGGACAGGAAAUGCUAAUCAAUCCAAGUCUGCUGCUUUUGGAUGAGCCCACCUCGGGAUUGGACUCCACCACGGCUCAAUGGAUUCUAACCACUCUGAAAAGGCUGGCUGGUGGGGGCCGGACUGUGGUCACCACCAUUCACCAGCCCUCUAGCCGACUCUACCACAUGUUUGACAAAGUGAUUCUUUUAUCUGAGGGCUCUCCCAUCUACAACGGCCCUGCUUCUACUGCUCUCGACUAUUUCUCUUCUAUUGGUUUCUCCACUUCUAUCACUGUCAACCCGGCUGACCUCUUGUUGGAUCUAGCCAACGGCAUAGCCCCGGAUUCAAAGCAUGCAACAGAACAUAGUGAGAACAUGGAACAAGAGAAGAAGAGAGUAAAGGAAGCUCUGAUUUCUGCUUAUGACAAAAACAUCUCAAUCAGUUUGAAGGCCCAACUUAUUUGUGGUUCGGAUAACAAUACUACUUACACAAAAGAUAAUGCUUCUGCAAAGUACAAGAAUAAUAAGAUGCCAGCGGACCAAUGGUACACAAGCUGGUGGCACCAGUUCAAGGUGUUGCUUCAAAGAGGAUUAAAAGAGAGAAGGCAUGAGACCUUCAACAAGCUAAGGAUUUUCCAAGUCAUAAGCGUAGCGGUUCUUGGUGGACUCCUGUGGUGGCGCACCCCAACUUCUCACAUCGAAGACAGAAUUGCUCUGCUCUUCUUCUUCUCCGUCUUCUGGGGUUUCUACCCGCUGUACAAUGCAGUCUUCACAUUCCCUCAAGAAAGAACAAUGCUGAUAAAGGAACGGUCCUCAGGAAUGUACCGGCUGUCGUCCUACUUCUUGGCCAAAACAGUGGGAGACCUGCCACUCGAGCUGGCCCUCCCAACUGCGUUCGUCUUCAUAAUCUACUGGAUGGGAGGCCUCAAAGCAGACCCCUUCACCUUCAUUCUCUCCUUGCUAGUCGUCCUCUACAACGUCCUGGUCUCCCAGAGCCUUGGCCUGGCCAUCGGGGCCAUUCUCAUGGACAUAAAGCAGGCCACCACCCUGGCCUCGGUCACCACACUCGUCUUCCUCAUAGCUGGGGGGUACUACGUCCAGCAGAUUCCGGCCUUCAUAGUGUGGCUCAAGUACUUGAGCUACAGCUACUACUGCUACAAGCUUUUGCUGGGGGUUCAGUACAAGGAGGGGGAGGUGUACGAGUGUUCUAAGGGGGUGUGGUGUCCGGUGCAGGAGUUUCCGGCGAUCAAAUCGAUGGGGCUGACCAAUCUGUGGAUGGAUGUGUUGGUUCUGGCUCUGAUGCUGGUGGGCUAUCGGUUCCUUGCUUAUCUGGCCCUACAACGAGUGCGGUUGAGGUAAGCCAGACCCAAAGCCAAACCUAAACCCAAAGCAAAGCACUAUAUAUAUAGUGAUCGAUGACUAUAAUUAUUAAUUAAGCUGCUGGUGCUGAUGCUGGUGCUGCUGAUGCUGAUGCUGCUGAUGCUGCUGGUGCUGGUGUCCAUCCCCAUUAAUCGAGUUUUGUCAACAAAUUAUUAAUAGUAUGGCUCUAGCUAGCUAUAAAUAGUCAGUCAUUCGAAUCCAUCAACAAAUAUUGAGGAAUAAUCUUAUGAUGAUGAUGAUGAUGAUGUGAUCAUAAUCUUAUUAACGAAUUAAAACAGAGUUAAUUUUUAGGUGAGUUAAAACUUCGAGAGGUUUUUCUCUUCUCUUUUCUUUUC